AAAGUAUAAAGACUAGGAUUAUGUAACGCAUCGAUGAAAUUGUUGGAUUACUUUUACGAAACACGUGUCCGUCGUGCUAAAAAAUCAUGCGUCGAUUGAUUAAUCAGAGAGAUGUGAUAUCGCUAAGAUUAAUCAAAGGUUAUAAUUUCUCUAGAGUAUUCAAUGUUUUUUUCCUUGACAUGUGUACCGCCUCCAUGUUAAAAAUUGUGCGGGAAAUAUCGUUAGAAUCUUUUUCACGUAAAUAACGGUUGUGACGUGCACAGUGACAUUUAUAGAAAAAUUUGCAAAACCCACAAUAAGCUUAUUCGUACAAUACGUUUCUUAUACACGUUCUUAGAUACGUUUAUAUUACUCCUAUGAAUAAAUUUGAGAUAAAUUGACUCGUUGAUUAACGAGACAAAACUAAAAAAAAUUUGUUGACGAUAGCAACACUAUUUUUUCAUUAUUUUUUACUAAAUUAUUAAACGACAUUUAUAAUAAAUAUAUUGAUAUUUAUGUAUUGUUAUAAUUAAAAUAACAAGAAUAUCCAUGUCAUGAUUGUCGAUAAUAUAUCUGCGUUAAAAUGCAACAUAAUCGUAGUCGAGAAUAAUCGUAUAAAAUAUACAACAUUGUACGGAUUUUUGCAUCAUACAAUGUUCAAGGUCCACUUUUAUGGAAAUACAUGUAUAAUGUUAUUCACUUGCGAGAUAUAAACAAAUUAAGAUUAAAAAUAGUUCUAAUUAAAUUAGAAUACAAACGUGCGCAAAUAUUUUUAUUGUAAUUGUUUUCUAAUUAUUUAAAGAUUUCACAUUAUUUCAUGUAAUAUUUUGUAUAUUAUUAAAAAAUUAAAAAUUAGAUAUAUGUAUAUCGAAAACGAACAAUUCAUAAAAUUAUCCGCAUGCGCACGAAAAUGACUGUCGAUUCGACGCGAUGCCUUUGUCAGGCUUUUCAAUUAAUAGAUCAAUUUUUAUGAGAAUGACACGUAAUAAAAAAUUGUACAUUUUAAAAAGCAACGCUUAAAUCAGCUUAACGACAAUUAAUGAGCGAUAGCCAAGUUAUGGAUAAUCUUGGGGGCGUGUAUUACCUGAUUGAAUUGAUUGUCAAACAGAUAUUAAUAUUCGUGCGAAACUUUGCCUUCCGUGAGUUUAUAUGGUUCGCUUCUGCGGAAGAGGAUUCGCUUGAUAAUGAGAAUUUGAAAACACGCGUCAUCGAGCCGCACAAUUCCAUCGCCGACUUUUUUGUCUUCCUUGCCGUUUGUGGACUUCUCUUCAUAUUUAUGAUAGUGUCCACGAAUUCGUCCAAGAACGAAGCGUCGAACUACGAUGCAAGCAACAUCGAGACAAUUUCUAUGGCUCUCGAAGAAGAUCCCUCGUCCUUCUGGUACUCGAGAACCGCGGGAUUAACGACGAGCUGCUUCCACGCUUGCGGCGAUUCGAUUGGUCUAUCGUGCGACAUUCCCAAAAUGCGAAAUAUCUCGCAUCCGGUUAUCUCAAACACCAAGGUGUUGCCUCAUAAAGAAUCUAGAGUCUCGAAUCACAACGCGCGCUCUAGCUAUAUUAUUAAGCACUCUUCGAAGACGCAGACGGGUCAUCCUAUUUAUCAAACAACAUCCCGGGAAUGGUUGAUAAGAUGCACUAGGAGCGGUCAGAUUUACGGAAAGUAUCCGAUUUAAAGGAAAUAAUCGAAAUCGAGAUUAAUGAAGGGAUUGAGACAAUUCGUCGUAAUUCAAGAUGAAAAUAUCGUCUUCUCAUCUGAAAAGGAUUACAAUAUGACUUCCUCAAAUGUCAAUUUGGCAAUUUUUAAUAACUAUAACAACUAUUUUCGAUUAUUGUAACUGUUUUCCUUGUUAUAUUUAUAUAGUCUUUUUACCGCACGGAUGUACAAUAAUUGUACCGACUGAUUUUUAUAUUUUUAUCAAUGUUUAUUCGUUGCUCGUAUCAUCGAAUGUAAUCCUUGUAAGAGGAACAUAUUUAUAAUUGACUUAUAACAUGCGCUUAAUAAAUGCUUUACGACACGC